AUGGUGCAACUUUCGAGAAAGAGCUCAGUGAUCAUUCAAAGGAGACUACCAAAGAAGCUAGAAGAUUUAAGGAAUUUUACUAUCCCUUGCUUUAUUGGUAGUUUAAAUAUUGAUAAUGCACUUGCUAAUUUGGGGGCUAGCAUUAGUGUUAUGCGUUAUAAUUUGUUCAAGAAAUUAGGGCUAGGAGAACCUAAACCAACAUUCAUGAGUAUUCAAAUGGUUGAAAAAUCUGUUAUAUACCCUAGCGGUAUCAUUGAGGACUUGUUAGUAAAGGUUCGAGAGUUUAUUUUUCUUAUGGAAUUUAUAGUUAUAGAGAUGGAUGAAACUGUUGAUGUUUUCCUUAUUUUAGAAAGACCAUUUCUUGUUAUAGUUAGGGCCAUCAUUGAUGUUCAUGAUGGUAAUCUUAUUAUUAGGGUAGGAGAAGAGCAAGUGACUUUUCAGAUCCCUAACGCUGUGAAACAUCCGCUUGUACUUGAUGACAUGGAUCUUAGUAAUGAUAGAAUUAAGUAUGAGACUGUGAAUUUUACUUCAUCUAUUAUUGCUAAAGAUCCUUUGGAGUUAUGUUUAGUACAGGAAUAG